AUGGUUCCUGCCUGGCUGUGGCUGCUUUGCUUCUACAUCCCCCAGGCUGAGGUCCAGGCUGCAGAGCUGCAUGUGGAAGUCCCUGAAAACUAUGGUGGAAAUUUCCCUUUGUACCUGAUCAAGUUGCCACUGCCCAGUAAGGAUGCUGAAGGCCAGAUUGUGUUAUCAGGGGACUCAGGUGUGGCAGCUGAAGACCUCUUUUCUGUGGAUCGAGAGUCUGGUUUCCUGAUGGUGACCAGGGCCUUGGACCGAGAGGAAAAGGCAGAGUACCAGCUACAGGUCACCCUGGAGACUGAGGAUGGACGUGUCUUGUGGGGCCCACAGUCUGUGACUGUGCAUGUAAAGGAUGAGAAUGACCAGGUGCCCCAAUUCUCCCAGGCCAUCUACAGAGCUCACCUGAGCCAGGGCACCAAGCCUGGCAUCCCCUUCCUCUUCCUUGAGGCUUUGGAUGAGGAUGCGCCAGGCACAGCCAACUCAGAUCUUCGAUUUCACAUGCUGAGCCAGGCCCCAGCCCAACCUGCACCACACUUGUUCCUGCUGGAGCCUCAUCUGGGAGCUCUGGCCCUCAGCCCCCAGGGUGAGCCUGACCUAGAACAUGCCCUGAAAGGGCCCUACCAGCUGUUGGUGCAGGUCAAGGACAUGGGUGACCAGGUCUCAGGCCACCAGGCCACAGCCACUGUAGAGAUCUCCAUAUUAGAGAACACCUGGGUGCCCCUAGAGCCUACACACCUGGCAGAGAAUCUCAAAGUCCCGUACCCACAUGUCAUUGCCCAGGUACACUGGAGUGGGGGGAACGUACACUAUCACUUGGACAGCCAGCCCCCUGGACCCUUUGACGUGGACUCAGAGGGGAAACUCCAUGUGACAAGAGAGCUGGACCGAGAGACCCAGGCUGAGUACCUGCUCCAGGUGCGGGCGCAGAAUUCUCGUGGUGAGGACUACGCAGAAGCCCUGGAGUUGCAUGUGGUUGUGAUGGAUGAGAAUGACAAUGCACCUGUCUGCCUGCCAAGUGGCCCCUCAAUCAAGAUCCCUGAGCUCAGUCCCCCAGGCACUGAAGUAACUAGGCUGUCUGCAGAGGAUGCAGAUGUCUCUGGCUCUCCCAAUUCCCAUGUUGUAUAUCGGCUGCUAACCCCUGACCUUGAGGAGGGAGCUGAAGGGAGAUCCUUUGAGCUGGACCCCACCUCAGGCACUGUGACACUGGGGACUAUCCCACUCCAAGCUGGCCAGAACAUUCUGCUUCAGGUGCUGGCCAUUGACCUGGCAGGAGCAGAGGGUGGCCUUAGCAGCACAUGUGAGGUCGCAGUCGUCAUCACAGACAUCAAUGACCAUGCCCCUGAGUUCACCACUGCUCAGAUUGGGCCUGUAAGCCUCCCUGAGGAUGUAGAGCCUGGAACUCUGGUGGCCACCCUCAUGGCCACUGAUGCUGACCUUGAGCCUGCCUUCCGCCUCAUGGACUUUGCCAUUGAGGCAGGAGACACAGAAGGGAUCUUCGGCUUGGACUGGGAGCCAGACUCUGGUCAUGUCCAACUCAUACUCCGAAAGAACCUCAGCUAUGAGGCGGCUCCACAUCAUAAGGUAGUAGUGGUGGUGCAGAACGUAGAGGAGCUAGUAGGCCCUGGCCCGGGCCCUGGAGCCACAGCCACAGUGACUGUACUGGUGGAGAGAGUGACACCACCCCUCAAGUUGGACCAGGAGAGCUACGAGGCCAGCAUCCCAGUCAGCACUCCAGCUGGCUCCCUCCUUCUGACCAUUCAGUCCUCAGACCCCACAAACAGAACUCUCAGGUUCUCCCUGGUCAAUGACUCAGAGGGCUGGUUCUGCAUCAAGGAGGUCUCUGGGGAAGUGCACACGGCCCAGACCUUGCAGGGCGCCCAGCCUGGGGACACAUACACAGUGCUUGUGGAGGUCCAGGACGCAGAUGAACCACAUCUCAGCACCUCUGCCACCAUCAUGGUCCACUUCCUGAAGGCCCCUCCUGUCCCAGCCCUGACUCUGGCCCCACUGUCCUCCCAACACCUCUGCACACCCCGCCAGGAUUAUGGGGUGGUCGUCAGUGGACGUGGCGAGGACCCCUACUUGGCCAGUGGGCAUGGUCCCUACAGCUUUUCUCUUGGUCCUAAUCCCACAGUGCAGCGGGACUGGCAGCUCCAACCUUUCAAUGAUUCCCAUGCUUACCUUACCCUGGCCCUACAUUGGGUGGAGCCAGGUGAACACAUGGUCCCUGUGGUUGUCCACCACAAUGCCCAGACUUGGCAGUUCCUGGUCCGAGUGAUUGUGUGUCGUUGCAAUGUGGAGGGGGAGUGCCUACGCAAGGUGGGCCACCUGAAGGGUAUGCCCACGAAGCUGUCGGCAGUGGGUGUCCUCGUGGGCACCCUGGCAGCAAUAGGCUUCUUCCUCAUCCUCAUCUUUGCCCACCUGACCCUGGCGAGGAAGAAGGACCUGGAUCAGCCAGCAGACAGCAUGCCCCUGAAGGCGGCCGUCUGA